AUGUGUAUUUUCACAUCACACAACAAGGGCAUAGCAUAGACAAGAGAGUCAAAUUGAGAUAGAACAUCACAUGCCUUAGAUCUGUCUCACGUUGCAUUCACAUUCGGUCAUUCCAUCCAGCGUGUAUGUUCCAACUCUUUCCACCCAGAAAAACUUAAGCCUUCUCCUCAUCAUUUCUGCCUCAAUAAUUGCACACUUUAUGUAAUUUCCCAACACCUUAAUUGGGUUCCACAAUCACAAAGUUCCCUUAACCAUGCUUCUCCUUGUCCUAUAUACCCACAUGGGAAUAUUAUCAUUUUCCAUCACACCCAGAUCUUAAUUUCCAUUUUCCUGUGCCCCCCAAUUAUCUCAUUUAUCUACACUCUCAUGUGUGAUUGAGUCCACUUGCUAGUACUACAAAAGGAUCAGAUUUUUUUUUUUUUUUUUUAUUUUCAGUGAAAGAACUAGGAAGUCGAACACAACCCCCAUGUUGAUAUUAGUUCUUGGACUAGCUUCAGCUGCUUUUCUAGUGAUUGUUGCAGCUUAUGUGUUGUUUUACAAGAGAAGGGUGUCAAAACAUGAGAGUGGGGACAUUGAGAGUUCAGAACACAAGGAAGAGGAGGUGGCUCAGAAGGAGGACUUGGUGAUCUUUCAAGGCGGGGAGGACCUUACAAUUUGUGACAUAUUGGAUGCUCCAGGGGAAGUGAUUGGAAAAUCCAACUAUGGAACACUGUACAAGGCUUUGUUGCAGAGGAGCAACAAGGUCAGGCUGCUUAGAUUUCUGAGGCCAGUGUGCACUGCAAGAGGUGAAGAGUUGGACGAAGUUAUUCAGUUUCUUGGAAGGAUAAGGCAUCCUAAUUUGGUCCCUCUUCUGGGGUUCUACACUGGGCCAAGGGGUGAGAAGCUUCUUGUUCAUCCCUUCUAUAGGCAUGGGAAUCUCACUCAAUUCAUAAGAGAUGGAAAUGGAGAGUGUUACAAAUGGUCUAACAUAUGCAGAAUAUCCAUUGGUAUAGCCAAAGGACUAGAGCAUCUUCACAGAUCACAGGAGAAGCCUAUUAUCCAUGGAAAUCUCAAGUCCAAAAACAUCCUUUUGGACCGCUCCUACCAGCCGUACCUCUCCGAUUCCGGCCUACAUCUUCUGCUAAAUCCGACCGCCGGCCAAGAAAUGCUUGAAAGUUCAGCAGCUCAGGGUUACAAGGCACCUGAGCUCAUCAAAAUGAAGGAUGCAAGUGAGGAGAGUGAUAUAUAUAGCCUUGGUGUGAUCAUGCUGGAAUUGCUUUCAGGAAAGGAACCUAUCAAUGAGCAUCCAACUCCUGAUGAGGAUUUCUAUUUGCCAAAUUUCAUGAGAAAUGCUGUUCUUGGACACAGGAUUGCUGAUUUGUACCACCCUGCCAUUCUUCUCAGAAACAGCAGAGAUGAAAAGAUUCCAGUCACAGAAGAAUGCAUUCUCAAAGUUUUCCAACUUGCUAUGGCUUGUUGCUCCCCUUCACCCUCAGUUAGACCUAACAUAAGGCAAGUCCUGAAGAAACUUGAAGAAAUUAUGCUCUAGAGUCUAUGGGGGGUUUUGUGAUUUUUUGUGUAGUAUUGGCCACUCUGGCAGCAGUGAUACUGCACACUUUAAAUUCUUCAAGUUCAUCAUUAACAAUGAUGUGGUUGGAGACAAUGUGACAUUUAUAUAUGAGAAAUUAGGAAGAAAAAAAAAAGUAAGUGUUCUGCUUACAAAAUGUGCAAUUGACUACCAAACAAAGACUUAAGGACAGUUGAUGUUGAUGUUAAGGAUUAUAGUCAAAUGAGGAAUUAUAGCUUGAAACUAAAGCUGCAUAUAUGUCUCUAGAACUCCAAAUCUGGCUCCCAAAUUGCUGACUUCAUGUUUGGUAAAAGUAACAAGUGAGCAUGUGACAUGGACAAUGUCAAAAGAAUUUCUUUGAUGCCACUCAUCCUGAUACUAAUUGCAGAGAUUUGAUGGGAGAUUACAAAGAUUCUUUUACUACCAAGAAUGUGCUUGUGCACAAGAAUUUGUAGCUAGUAUGUGAGUUUUGCUGUUGUGGAUAGGCAACAGAAUCUGUGAUGAAAAAUGUUCUUUAUCAACAGUGACCCUAUCAAAUUCCAUGUUUUGGCCAUAUAAUUGAAACUGCACAGGAAUGGUGGUAGAUUUCAAAGUCUCACCAAGAAGAAGUUACAUUGCUUGUUAUGGUUAGAUCUCACAGCAAUACCAUUUCAUUCACUAUUUCCUAUAUUUACUUGAGAUAAUUUUGCAGUUCUAUAUAUUGAGAGACCAAACUCUUCCAUUUACAAUCUUUAUUUGAAAAAAAUGUUUGUUUUCUGUUAUGCAAUGCAACUUAUAGUCUAAGUAAUCCAUUAUUAUUCCCUCAAGA